ACAAAGGCUUUUUCGGUGGGGAAGCUCAUCAUUAAGACCUUUAGCGCGAUCGCAAACGUUUUUGUGCGAUUGCAAAUCACACAAUUAAGUGGCGAUCCCGGUGUGGGCGAGGUGAAUUGUGACACGCAGAAGUGCAGGUGGAGUGCCAACUGAGUGGAGACGUCGCGCCGGCUCCAAGCAACCAAAAGUCAUGGGAUCAACUUUCUGCGCAACCACGGAGGAGCCGAGAAACGCAAACCGGGUGACUGAUAUACCCAUGGACAGGUGGAUGACUCGCAUCCCGGCGGACCUGCUCGACACCCCACUUUAUCACCUGGCCAUUCCGGGCAGCCACAACGCGAUCACGUACGCUCUGGAUAAACACCGUAAAUCUCCCGUCGACGUGACCCAGCCUGACAUGUUGCAGAAGGCGGACAAAUACGCGAGCGGCCUCAUUCGACCAGUAAUGCACAAGUGGUCCGUAACGCAGGAUGUCACGGUGACAGAGCAGCUGAACAGCGGCAUCCGCUAUUGCGACCUGCGAAUCGCACACAGGCCAAAAGACACCUCCACCAGCCUCUACUUCUACCACGGCUUCUACAGCAAGGCCACCGUGGAGAUGAUUCUGCGCGAGAUUCGCACGUGGCUGGAUGCUCAUCCCAAAGAGGUGGUCAUCCUGUCCUUCAGCCACUUCCUGGACCUCGACGACAAGCGCCACAUGCGGCUCGUCACCACCAUUGAAAACAUCUUCUCAUCCAAACUCUGUCCCAAAAUGGACAUACCAACUCUUCGUAAGCUGUGGCAGUCGGGCCACCAGGUUAUCGUGUCCUACGACAAUAAAGCCAUGGUUCGCCACCACCACUUCCUUUGGGAUCACAUUCCUUAUCGGUGGGCCAACAAGAUCACGGCACAGGAUCUGAUUCAUACCUUGGAGAACGCAAAGCAAAGUGGCAGACCACGAGGCUUUUUUGUCACCGGGAUCAACUUGACGGUGGACUUGCCGUAUAUCACCAAGAAUCUGACCGAGUCUCUGAAGGGCCUGGUGAAGUCCACCAACCCCACGCUGCUUUCGUGGGUCCACGAGCAGACGCCCAGCAGCCACCCGCACUCGCUCAACAUCGUGGCGGGCGACUUUGUCAGCGAGGGCCGCUUUGCGCAAAUCGUCGUGUCGCUUAACAGCAAACUACUGGGUUAAGAGCACACAUUUGUGCUUCUUACCGCUGCACCCCAUCCUCAGAAAAGCAGGAAUCACACGUUUUGUGUUAUGGCUUGGUAUUUGCAUUUUAUUUUGGAGGACAUUUUUGGCUCUCAUUUCAGAAGCUGUAUUUCCUGUCCUUGUGUCUCUUGGUUAUGGUGAUUGUCUUCAACUGUUUUCCCCUGUCCUUUGCUUGUCUUGGUUUCCUGUUGUGUCAUGAAUCUUCCUGUCUUGUAGGGCUGAAGAAUUUUGAAAAAUUAUUUUUAAAUGAUUUUUUUCAAGUGGUCCAUCUUGAGGUUCAGUACUUGAGAAUAUGUAACUGUCCAGAAUGACUUUCUUGCUAGGAUCGCGGUCCCAAUUCUGUGUGACAUCAUCAUGAGAGAAUAGCCGUCAUUUAAAAGCUGUAUGACAUAGAAUACAUGUCAUUUACAACAGACCCCCCCCCACCCGCCCCUCAACGUGACCCAAAGUUUUUGCACGCGAAAUGUGAAUUCAUGGGGUUCCCUGUAUUCAUAUUAUAAUUCAAUUUUCGAAAGGUUUCAAUGUCACAGAAGAAUAAUUUCUUGUAGUUAAUUGACAUGCCAUAUGUUUCCUCAACUACAGUAUCUCACAAAAGUGAGUACAACCAUCACAUUUAUGGAAAUAUUUGGUUGUAUAUCCUCAUGGGACAACAC